CAAAAUCAUUUGGGUUUCUUUUCGAAACGGUGGGCCAUUUUUGCAUCCAACGGUUGUAGUAGUUAAAAACAGUCUGAACCAUUGUUUGUCGUAGCAUCACCUCUGAAACUCAUAGCCCAUAUGCCCUCAUUUCCUUUCUUUCUUGUUCUUCUUCUUCUUCUCCAAGGGAGGUCUCUUUGUAUCUUGUCGUACCAUUCCAACAACGAUGCCCUUAUCUUGUGGGUGUCUUCUUCGCUGAAUAAAUCUUCGAUGUCUCCUAUGACUUCUUCUUCUUCUUCUUCUUGCUUGAUCAAAUGUCGUCUCUUCUUGUUGCUAUUGUUUGCUUUGUUCUUCAUUGCCAUUGGAAAAAUAAGAGUCAGAGAACAGAUAGGUGUUAGUUUGUUGUAGGGUUGUAUUGUCAAAGCAAGCCCAGCUGCUGCGUGCAACAGUAUGAAAUUCGAAUCCGCAGGUGGGCAAUUAAAGUAGCACAACCAACCCAAUACACUUAACUCAAGUUGUCCAACGUGUUAAAAGAUUAUUGGUGUUCCACACCAGUUAUGUUGGAUAAGAGGGCACAUAGUAAUAUGACCGCCGAGGAUUCCGAGAAUAGUGGAGCACGAUCAAUCCUCCUUGUCAGAGGCUUACGUGGAACCCAUACAUCCAUCCAUUCAUUAACGACAAACAUGAUAAUUAUCAAAGGUAGAUAUAUUUAAUUUAGUAACAAAUCUCGAUAACCUACUAAAUUAAUUAAAUUAAAUUAAAAUAUAUAUGUGGUGACAAGGUUGAUUGUGAUUUUUUAUCAUUUUUUUAUCGAACAUUAAACGCAAAAGAUUGCUCUGCUUUUUUUUUUUUUUGGUAACUAUAACUAUAAUUCUAUAAAAAUGAAGUCUGGUAAGAAAUACUAGGUAAACAAGGAAAGGAAAGGUUCAUCGGUGAAAGAGAGAGUAAACAAAGAAGAAGAAGAAAAUGGAGGUUGGGUUUUUGGGACUGGGAAUAAUGGGAAAAGCCAUGUCAAUGAAUUUGCUGAAGAAUGGAUUCAAAGUCACUGUUUGGAACAGAACUCUUUCUAAGUGUACUGAACUGAUGGCUCAUGGUGCCUCUGUUGGAGAAACCCCUGCAGAAGUAGUUAAGAAGUGCAAGAUCACCAUUGCCAUGUUGUCUGAUCCUGCAGCGGCUGUGUCGGUUGUGUUUGAAAAAGAUGGUGUUCUUGAGCAAACUUGGAGUGGUAAAGGUUACAUCGACAUGUCAACUGUUGAUGCAGAGACUUCUUGCAAAAUCAGUGAGGCUAUUACAUCAAAAGGUGGUCAGUUCCUUGAGGCCCCUGUUUCUGGUAGCAAACAGCCUGCAGAAACUGGUCAACUAGUGAUUCUUGCUGCUGGAGACAAGGCAUUGUAUGAGCAAGCAAUUCCAGCUUUCAAUGUCUUGGGAAAGAAGUCUUUCUUCUUGGGACAGGUUGGAAAUGGAGCAAAAAUGAAACUUGUUGUCAACAUGAUAAUGGGCAGUAUGAUGAAUGCAUUUUCGGAGGGACUUGUACUGGCUGAGAGAAGCGGACUGAAUCCACAUAGCCUUCUUGAUGUACUGGACUUGGGUGCAAUUGCUAAUCCAAUGUUUAAAGGAAAGGGACCGGCAAUGCUCCAGCUCAAUUAUUCCCCUGCAUUUCCUUUGAAACAUCAGCAGAAAGAUAUGAGGUUGGCUCUUGCCCUUGGGGAUGAAAAUGCAGUAUCUAUGCCGGUAGCAGCUGUGGCCAAUGAGGCUUUCAAGAAGGCCAGAAGCAUGGGGUUGGGCGACCUGGACUUUUCAGCUGUUGUUGAGACAGUGAAGGAUCUUAAACAUUCAUCUUGAUAUUUGGAUGUUAAUGUCUUGACACAAAACGGAGGGACCACAAAUGGUUAAUGAUUUAGGGAGUCACGGUCACAGCUUCGUUGGGUGGACGAAACCAUUCAGUGAUAGCAUCAACUUGGAUACUUAGGGAAGCAUCCCCUUCCGAAAUGCUUUUCCAUGCAGCUCUAUAUUAUCACCAAAGGGAAAUGGUUGGAAAUUGAUAAUAUCAUGUUAGAAAAAUGAUGUUCGUCUAGUUGUUUUUCCUCUUUUGCAAGCAAUCGAGAACGCUCAGCCUGCACCAAUAUUUUAAACAUCAAUAAUAAAAUUCCAGAGUAUAUCUAUAUCAAAGGGAAGAAGAAAGG